UUGAAGCAGUUUCAACAAACCUCUCUCUCCCUCUGUUGCUGUCACUGUGACAAACAAUGCAUCCACCGUUGCAUCGCCUACUGAGGACCUCCGCUCUCCGCAACCGCAACAUCCUUUCUCCUCCAUUCCCAUCUCUCUCUUCUCUCCGCCUCAACCCUAAACCCUCCCUCCUCUCUCUCUUCUACCGUUCCCUCUCCUCCCCUCCAUCACAAAACCCCAAUCCCAGAACUAAAACCCCUCUUGAAAACCAAUUCGAGACGUGGGUCCAGAAGCUCAAGCCCGGGUUCACCCCCUCCGACGUGGAAUACGCCCUCUGGUCCCAAUCCGACCCCGACCUCGCCCUCGACCUCUUCCGAUGGACAGCACUGCAGCGCGGCUACAAGCACAACCACGUCACCUACCUAACCGUCAUUAAGAUUCUAAUCACCGGCAAGCGCUACCGCAACGCCGAGACCCUUGUCGAAGAGGUACUCGCCGGCGCCUGCGACAUUAGCGUCCCUCUUUACAAUUCCAUUAUCAAGUUCUGUUGCGCUCGAGGAUCUCUGUUUAAUCGUGCCUUCGAUGUGUACAAGAAAAUGUUUAACUCAGAGAACUGUAAGCCCACUCUCGAGACUUAUACGAUGUUGUUGAAUUCGUUGCUCAGAAAGUUCAAUAAGUUGGAUGUGUGUUAUAUGUAUUUACAUUCGGUCCGGUCGUUAGCAAAGCAAAUGAAGGCGGUGGGUGUGAUACCGGACACGUUCGUGUUGAACAUGAUUAUAAAGGCGUAUGCGAAGUGUCUUGAAGUUGAUGAGGCGAUUCGGGUCUUUCGUGAAAUGGGGUUGUAUGGAUGUGAGCCAAAUGCGUAUACUUAUGGGUAUAUCGCGAAGGGUUUGUGUGAGAAGGGAAGGGUGGGUAAGGGUGUUGAGUUUUAUAAGGAAAUGAGAGGGAAGAAUUUGGUCCCGAGUAGUAGUAUUUAUAUGACUGUGAUUUGCAGUGUUUCGUUGGAACGGAGGUAUGAGGAAGCGAUUGAUGUUGUUUUUGAUAUGUUGGGGAAUUCUAUGUCUCCUGAUUUGUUGACCUACAAAACAUUGUUGGAGGGAAUGUGUCGGGAUGGGAGGGGGAACGAUGCCUUUGAACUGCUCGAUGAAUUGCGGAAGAGGGAUUGUGGGAUGGGUGAGAAGACUUACAAGAUUUUGUUGAAUGGAUUGCAUUUCCUAAGUGGCGAGUAGGCUCUUUGUUCACCAAUAUGAAGUCAUUGAAGACUUAUUACUGAAUACAACUUCACAAGCAUCUAGAAACUGUGAAAUUUGAUGUGAAGUAUCUAAUCCAGUCACUGGGCUGAUUCAUCCCCACCUCUAAAUGCUGCAUAAAAAGAUGUUUUCUGCAGAGAAAGCAACAUAAAGGAGUGUGGCAGGUCUUCCUUUUGCUAGAGCUUCCGGCCAUGUCAAUAACUGGGACAGUACUGGAUAGUUCUUCUAAUAUUGGGUAUCUCUGGUGAACUUUCUUGAGGAAAUCAGAUUCUUCUAAGCAAAAGCAUGAGGAGGAUAGCAUGCCGGUUUGAUUUCUUGCAUCCUUGUAGUGCACCUAUUUUCAGUUUCACAUGGUAAACUGUUACAGCAGAUCUAACCAUGAUUGUUAUGGUCACGUUACGGUCAAAAAAAUAUUAAUAGGAUCUUCUUGUUUCUGAUAGAA